UAUAGUGUACAGUUAAUCCUGCUGCAGCGUGUAGUGUAUGUCAGUGUUUGACAGUUGUGUAAACCACCCACUUCCGGUCUGCAGAUGGCUUUUAUUCUGUAGUGAAAAUAAAAGAACAGGGUUUGCACAGUUAAAGUAAAUCUAUAAUCGCCAAAAAAGAAUUUGAAAAUUGUUCCGGAAGUUAGCCACCUAGCAUCGCCUGGGUAUCGAGGUACACAGCAGGAGAUCAUUAGCCGAAUCGGGGGUGAGAGGAGCAGCUAUGGCCGACCUGCUGACUGUUUACGACGACGGAGAGUCCAACACGUUUAUAGACUGCAUGAUCUGUGACAAAAGAAUAAGAGGAGACACUAACUAUAAGAUCCAUGUGACCACUUUACAGCAUCUGAAGAGGGAGCAAGCCCUAGCGGAUAAGGGCCUCGUCCCAAGGCCAACCCCGCUGCCACAGUGGACCAGUAUCAGAGAGUACUUGACCUACCUGAACCUUAACGAGCCCAUUAUUGGGCUUGGGGACUUGGUACAAGAGGAGGAUUCUUUCUCAAGUGAUGGCAAAGCCGUCCUGCAGUACAGGUGCAGACUGUGUGCAGUCCAGAUGGACCUCUUUGACAUGACCACUCAUGUGGUGGGUCGCAGGCACCGGCAGAAAUACUUGGAGCGGCAUCGGAAAGAGUUAGUGACAUGGGAAAAGACUUCAGAGAAGCAAGCAGGUGUUGUUGCGAGGGCCAAGGCUGCAAUAGUAGAAAAGCAGGAGGGCUGGGGAAAUCCAGUGCCACUCGUCAGAUCAGAAAGAGGAAGGCUACAGAGAAACAGAGGAGCAGAACAAGAGCGCCCACCAUUACUCCGAGGAAAUGUUUCUUCUGGGCGUGGCGGAGACGAGCACAGCUUCUACAAUCGAUCGCAUAUGAAGGAAGAUGAGUACAGGGGGCUGUCUCAUUACCCCGAGGAUAAUCAAUAUAACAAGUCAUUUAGAGAUGAGGUCUCUCCCCACCCCUCCAGUUCAGGGGAUAACCGAUAUGACGCACCAUAUUCUAAAGAUGACAGGCAGCAAACGUCUUAUCGCGAGAUCGAUUACAUGGAAAGACCUAAUUGGAAGGAGAAAAUGAAGGCAGGGUCUUUUUCAGAUGAUGGAUCUUGCAAUCGACAAAGUCUGGACAAAGGUGAUCCACAGCCUUAUCAAGAGAAAUGGUACCCCGAAACAAAUUCCAGCAGAGGUGCAUACAAAAGUGGAGAUGACGAUUAUUAUGAGGAAAACAUUUCACAAAGCAGGUUUGGUGAGUCAGGAAUAGAGUCUUGGAAGCAAGAUAGUGUAAGGAUGCAAGAGCCGACGUACACCACGCUCCACGGAUCAGGACCCGGCGUAGAUAAAAGGCAGUGGCAGGGCAGAAACUUGCCAUAUACGGAGCAAGGAAGAGACCGUUUCCAGGACAUGGAUGAACCUGGACAUGGGUCUUCUGAGAUGCAAGACUAUAACAAAAGACCGAGUUACUACCCGAGUGAAGAUGCUACACCUGCAAAAAAGCAACGGAAGAGUAGAUUCUCUGAUGGCUCAACACUAGAGAUGAACUUUGCACAGAAGAGCCAAUUUGAUUCAGUGGCUUCAAAAUAUCAACAGAAAGGAAGAGCAGCUCCCACAUCUAGUCAGGCCUUUGGAAACACUGAGUCAACUGCAGCUCCAAAGAUGGAAAAUGUUUUGGAUAUUCUGAAUGGCAUCCAAAUUGAGAAUGUGCAAGAGGCUAACUUCUUGAAGGAAAAGUUAUGUGAUCUUCUUAAAGAGUUCCAAUUAAAUAAAGCUCAACGCAGUCGGACUUCAACCGAAUACAGUGACGGUUAUCACGGUGGUAACGAAAUGGAGUCGCGCAGAGAUAUGCAAGAGCCAAGACAUUUAGAUGACCAAGGAUUUCAGGAGCCUGCAAGAUAUGACCGUGACUUUCAGGGCCCCAGGGAUUAUUCACACACAAGGCAUGUGGAAGAAAAGCCAAAAAGCAUGAGGCAAAACAGAGGUCCUGAUGAACCGGAAUAUCAGUGGGAUUCUUAUAGAACGGGCUCAGCUGGCCGGUCUGAUGAUCGCAUGUCUCGCCAUCCAGAUGAUAGAAGAGGAUACAGAGGUUUAGAGUCUGCCUGGAAUUCUAGACCUUUAAGGGAGGAAGAAAGGUUCUAUCCUGGAGAACACCGUUAUCAGCAUGACUAUCGUUCGGGUGGUGAUCUCUACGACCCGUUUGAGCCUUCAUCAUCUCCACCAUUGGAAACCGGCUCUUCCACGCUUGACAAACUCGCCUCCACGCUUCUGGAACUGGUGGCACGCAAAGCGAAUUAAACACGCCCGCUAUCAUUCUGUGUUCAAAAAUUAAUAAGUCAUAUAGUGCUCGUGUGAUCCUGUAUAAGCUUUUUUUUAAAUAUCAGAACACCAUCUUUCAUAUGGUUAACGGCAUACUGAUGUCUGUGCGAAAUUGUGGUAAUAAACACAUUUUGUUCCUCA